CGGGGGGCCUCCCGGUCCUGCUGCGCAUGCUCGGCGCCCACUGCCCGGCCGGGACCCCGCGCGCCCGGGCGUCUGCUGUUCGGCCCUGCGCCCCAGCCUGGGCACCCCGCUCUCGGCCAUGACGGCUCAUUCCUUCGCCCUCCCGGUCAUUAUCUUCACCACGUUCUGGGGCCUCAUCGGCAUCGCCGGGCCCUGGUUCGUGCCGAAAGGACCCAACCGCGGAGUGAUCAUCACCAUGCUGGUAGCCACCGCAGUCUGCUGUUACCUCUUCUGGCUCAUCACGAUCCUGGCUCAGCUGAACCCCCUUUUCGGGCCGCAGCUGAAGAACGAGACCAUCUGGUACGUGCGCUUCCUGUGGGAGUAACCACUGGCACUUCGGCCCCAGGUGCCCCAGCUCUCUGGGUGACUUUGGCUGUCCUUUCCCUGAUGAGCCCUUUGUCCCCACCCUCACAGCUGUAUCUGGGUCCCUGCAUGGCUUCCCCAGGAUCUGCCUGGCUCUGGCAGCUCCUGCCUUCUCCAUCCGGUCCGGGCCUCGGGAAGCCUGCAGCUGAGUCAGGCUGGAACAGGAGAUACCAGCCCUCAAACUCCCCCUGCCUCUCCCAGGUAGACCCCGGCUGGGAGCUGACACGGGUGGGACUUGCCUUUUACAAAUGAGGCAGCGUGUCCUGGGGACAAGGGGUGUCCAGCCUGGGAUGCUCCAAGCCUGGGGCGGGCUGGACCAGGGAGAAAGCCCUGGAUGGGGAGUCCGCUGGUUCCCACCAGCCCUGCCACUGUCCUGCUGUGCGGCCCUGGGGAGCAUCCCUGCCUCCGUGGGCCUCCUCAUCUGUGAGAUGGAGAGACCCGAUCGGGGUGUCACAAAGUCCUCUCCUGGGAUUCUUUAAUUUUUGGAUGCAUAUAGAUGUGAAAUUUCUGUAAAAGUCGAAGUAAUGGAAAAACAUUCACCCACAAAAAGCAACAUAGUGAUCUGGGUCGGGAUUGAAGCCAGUACAUUUAGGAUUCUUUAUAGUCACUUAAAUGGGCUUGCUCAGAAAACUGUGUCUCCUUAGAAUAUGCUGUGCCAGCUUCCUCCCCUGUCUUGGUCCCUCCUCUGUGGGUGAGCUCCCUGCUGCCUGGAGGCUCAAGGUGAGCACAGCCCCAGGCCUGGAUUCCUUCAUUUGACAGCAGUGGGGUGGAUUUCAGAGUCUCCCCCCCCCGCCCCCCCCCCAGUAGCAGCCGCUAGGUCGCCUGGAGUUAGGAUGAAGAGAGACAGGUGUGGGUGAGGUUUGGGUGGCACUGUGGCCCUCUGGGCCCAUCCUGGCCCCUGAGGCCAGUACCAGACCCGCCUGCCCUGGAAUGGCCUGGGCUCUGCGCUCGGAUGGUGAGGGUAGAGGAGCACCUAGCCUGACAAGGCCUGGAAGGCAGAAUGUGCAGGCACCAGACCAGAAGGAACCUAGGACCCCCACCCGUGCCCUCCUCCCAGAGGAGUUGAGGCUGAGACCUCAGGCACCGCCCCCCCCCCCCCCGGCCCUCCCACCCCCACCACAUUGCCUCCCCGGGGUAAGACGCCAAUCCUGAAUAUUUAUUGAGUGUAUUUAUGUGAUUCACAUUCCAUUUAGUGGGCAUUAUCUUUGGAACAGUGGUCAAUUGCGAUACUUACCAUGUAGAUUUCUUGGUUCUGGGCUUGGCCUGUCGGUCAGAGCUCUGAUUUGGGCCUCCCUUUGACAUCCCACCUCACCCCCCCUUUCAGACUCCUUUCCUUGGGAUGUCAAGUAUGGGUUGUCCUGAAAACCUGAUCCACGUCCAGUGGCUCAUGAGUGGUGGCCAAGUCCUGGCUGAGGCCGAGUUUGCUGGCUGCCGGUCCUCUGUCCACCCAAUUCCCACAUGCUCAGUGGGUGGGUUGGGGGGCACAGGAGAGGGGCGUGGGGAUGGAGGCUUGGAGCUGCAGCUCUGGAUCGUGGACACUGAAAAUGAUAUUCUCCUGAGACCUGAAGGAGAAGGUACAGCCGUCCCGGGUUCUGCCCAGAAGCAGUCCUGGCAGAAGGAAGACAUGGGAUUGUUCAAGCGGAACUCUGACCACCACUCGUCUGUACCCCGGAUACAGGGUGCAGGGCUCCUGAGGCUGAGCAAUAAAGCAGGUCCCCCAGAUCUCCAGAG